GAUUAUUCAAUUGGGUCCAAAUCGAUAAUCGAAUUCAAAGACCUAAGAUUAAUAUGGGAUUAAUCCGAUGAUCCAAACCCGAAACCUGCACAAUUGUUCAUCAACUCCUGAAGCCUCCGCCGACAAUAAAUACUAGACCCCUUUCCGCUUCAGAAAUUUCCAUCUCGCCUUCAUUUGGGUUUUCUUCUUCCCUCUCCAACCCAUCCAUGGCUGUUCCUUCUGUUCCCACCCACAUGAAGGCUUGGGUCUACCAUGAUUUCGGCAACACUGCCGAUGUUCUUAAACUCGAUUCCAAUUUCCCUGUUCCUCAAAUCAACCAACACCAGGUCCUCGUCAAGGUCGUUGCUGCGUCUCUCAACCCCAUUGAUUACAAGAGAAUCCAUGGAAUUUUGAAAGCUUCUAACUACUCCCCUCCGUCAGUACCUGGCUAUGAUGUUGCUGGUGUGGUGGUGAAAGUGGGAAGUGAGGUGAAAAAGUUCAAGGUAGGAGACGAAGUAUAUGGAGAUAUAAAUCACAAAGCACUAGAUAAGCCAAAGAACGUUGGCACUUUGGCAGAAUAUACUGCUACAGAAGAGAAAGUUUUGGCUCUGAAGCCUAAGAAUCUGAGUUUCUUAGAGGCUGCCAGCCUUCCCCUUGCCAUGGAAACUGCCUAUGAAGGUCUCGAACGGGUUGGGUUCUCUGCUGGAAAAUCGAUCCUUGUUUUGGGAGGGGCUGGCGGAGUUGGAGCUUAUGUUAUACAGCUCGCAAAGCAUGUGUUUGGUGCGUCGAGAGUGGUUGCUACUGCAAGCACAUCAAAACAGGAAUUCUUGAGUUGCUUGGGAGCUGAUCAGCCUAUUGAUUACACAAAGGAAAACUUCGAAGACCUUCCCGAGAAAUUCGAUGUAGUCUACGAUGCAGUCGGCCAGCCCGAUAAAGCCGUGAAGGCGAUCAAAGAAGGCGGGAAUAUCGUAAGCAUUGCUGCACCAGUUGCAGAAUUUCCAGAUGCUUUCUUCCUUCUCACUUCAGAUGCUGCCAUGUUGGAGAAACUGAAACCUUACCUGGAAAAUGGAAAGGUGAAGCCGAUCAUCGACCCCAAAUCUCCAUUCCCGUUCUCCGACACUCUCGAUGCAUUCGCCUAUCUCGAAACCUCCCGAGCUACUGGGAAAGUUAUGGUUUAUCCCAUCCCUUAGAAGCAAGUUUCUUAUCAGUUUUCUGUCAUAAUGCACCGGAGAAGAAUCCUUGUUGUGUUUGGGAAAAUAAGUUGUGUAAAAUCUGCACACCAUGUUUCUUGUUCAUCUUGCUUAAUGUACAUUGUUGUGAUGUUUGCUGUUUUAGAGCUGGAACGAAAUAGCUUUUGACCAUAAUUUUGAGAGUUUUAUUUAAAUCUGCAAUGCAUACACACAUUCUUCUCCAUA